CCUCGACUGCAUGCACUGGCGCUCCUAAGGUGCUGCUCAUGUCCACCUCAGGCCUGUCUACGAUGGCAGAAACGGAGUAUACCCUCACCCAACGCCGAAAGGUGUCCGCGUCACUCUCCGUCUCCGUUUCUAACGAGCACCCCAAAAGCCAUAGUCAGAGUCCAGACGGACAUGGAACGCAAAGUCAAUGCUCAAGUCCAGGGCCGAGGUCGGGAGCUUCGAGUGCACUGUCGGCGUCUUUUUCAUCGUUUCAGAGCUUGACGGUGUCUGGCUCGGCGCAGUUGAAGGAACGCCUCUCACAACUUCGUCAGAGUGCGCAUGAACGCGCCGUUGGUGUGAUCCCCAAAGUCGAUUUCGUUCCUGCCGCUGUGCCGCGCGUGCGCCGCCUCCAAACACUCGCCGUCUCGUUCUGGGAAUUGCUCAUGCCCAUUAUGCUGAGUAUCUUUUUCUUUGCUUGGUAUGUGCCUUCAUUACUCUACCUUGUGGACACUUAAUACUGAGAGCUUCGUCCUUCGUUAUCUCGCUACUUGACUCGUCUCAUCGGUUGGGUGGCUCAGCGCUUUCCCGCCGUUUUGGCCUGUCGCUGCAUUUUAUAUGAUUUGGGUGUACUUCGUCGAUUCGAGCCCUGAAAACGGUGGACGCUCAAGUCAUUGGUUCCGGAGUAUGCGAUUUUGGACAUACUUUGCGGAGUAUUAUCCAGCUUCGAUGCUUAAAGAACACGAUUUGCCUGCCGAUAGACCAUACGUGUUCGGAUACCAUCCGCAUGGUAUAAUUGGAAUGGGCGCACUAGCGACGUUCGCAACCGAAAGCACAGGAUUCUCAAAAGCGUUUCCAGGAAUCCGACCGCAUUUACUGACGUUGGCGUCCAAUUUCCAUAUGCCUUUGUACAGGGAUAUCUUGCUUGCACUGGGUGUAUGCAGUGUCUCGCGGGCUUCGUGCGAGAAUAUUUUAAGAAAGGGGAACGGGAGCGCGAUUUGUAUCGUUGUGGGUGGUGCUGCGGAAAGCUUGAAUGCACAUCCUGGGACGGCGGACUUGACGCUCAGGCGACGGUUGGGAUUCAUUAAACUGGCGAUCAAGUAUGGUGCAGACCUGGUACCGGUGUUUUCCUUUGGGGAGAACGAUAUUUUUGAGCAGAUGCCUAAUGAGCGAGGAACAUUGCUGUAUACCCUGCAAAAGCGGUUCCAGGCAAUGUUCGGCUUUACGUUACCGCUGUUCCACGGACGAGGAAUGCUCAAUUACAACUUGGGACUAAUGCCAUACCGUCGGAGGAUUGUUUCCGUUAUUGGUCGACCAAUUAACGUGGAGAAAACUGAGAAGCCGACACUAGAGCAGAUUCAUGCUGUGCAAAAGCUCUACAUUGAAGAGCUCUACCGAAUAUGGGACGCAUACAAGGACGCGUUUGCUGCGCAUAGGAAACGCGAGCUGAGUAUUAUAGACUGACAUGGACCGCGGAGCGUGAUUGAACGCUUAUAUGUACUUGAUAAUUGCAGCUUUGUACUUGGUACUUUCUUAGAGAUAUCUUAUUUGCACUGGCGUUUU